AUGGGAGGCGAUAGAAUCCAGAUUGCCGAAUCCUUGUUCCGGGCGAAAUCUUUAUCGGAAUUCCGAACUGUGGAGGCGACUACGAGGAAACAGAUUUCCGACAAAAGUGAGGAGCUCCGGCAACUUGUCGGAAAUCGCUAUCGGGAUCUCAUCGAUUCCGCUGAUUCCAUUGUUCUCAUGAAGUCUACUAGCGAAUCCAUUUCUGCGAAUAUUGAUGCAAUUCGCAAUGCAAUUCUACAUUCCCUAUUUUCACCUGUUGAUUCCCCGAGGUCGCCUAAUGUCGCUUUCAACCCCGCCAGGGCAAGUAUUUAUGGAAUUGCCUGCCGGGUCAAGUACCUGGUAGAUACCCCGGAGAAUAUAUGGGGAUGCCUUGAUGAGUCCAUGUUUCUCGAGGCUUCAGCUCGCUAUGUUCGAGCAAAGCACGUGCAUUUCAAUUUGGUUAAUAAUAAAGACAGUAAGAAUGUGUUGUCGAAUUUCCCUUUGCUGCAGCACCAGUGGCAAAUCGUGGAGAGUUUUAAGGCUCAGAUCUCGCAGAGGAGUCGCGAGAUAUUAUUAGAUCAAACCCUUAAUCUUGGGAUCAAUGCCUAUGCAGAUGCGCUGGCGGCAGUUGCCAUCAUAGACGAGCUCGAUCCUAAACAGGUUUUGACUCUGUUUCUAGAUUCACGAAAAUCAUGUAUGUCUCAGAAACUUAUUGCCUGUUGUAACAAUGCUAAUGCUGAUAGUUCUGAUGUAAUUUCGGUGUUCUGUGAAGUUCUAAAGAUAAUUCAGGUUAGUAUAGGUCAAGUAGGAGAAUUGUUCUUGCAAGUAUUGAAUGAUAUGCCUUUAUUCUACAAGACCAUACUGGGUUCCCCUCCCGCUUCUCAGUUGUUUGGGGGCAUUCCGGUCCCUGAUGAGGAAGUGAGGCUGUGGAAUUCAUUUGAGGAAAAGUUGGAUUCUGUGAUGAUAAUUCUAGAUCGAGAUUCUAUCUCCAAGACUUGUUCAGACUGGUUGCGGAAUUGCGGAAAGGAGAUUAUGAGCAAGAUUAGUGGGAGGUACUUGAUUGAUGUAAUUGGUACUGGGAGAGAUCUUUCUUCGGCUGAGAAGUUGAUACGGGAAACAAUUGACAGUAAGCAGGUUUUAGAAGGGAGCUUGGAGUGGCUCAAGAAUGUUUUUGGUUCUGAAAUUGAGUUACCAUGGAAGAGGACUCGUGAGCUUGUCUUGGGUGAUGACUCAGAUCUUUGGGAUGAUAUAUUCGAAGAUGCUUUUGUUCUAAGGAUGAAAGCGAUUAUCGACUUGGGAUUUGAUGAGAUGAGUAGGGUUGUUGAUGUGGUGGAAUCAGUUCGCUUAAUUUCGCAAGCUCCUGGUGAUCAAGUUCGUUUCCAAGCUUAUUUGAGCAGAUCUUCUAUUGGUGGUGGAGUUUGGUUCAUGGAACCAAAUGGUAAAAGGCCUGCUUCUGUCCCUGGUUCAAAAUCACAGAUCCCCCAGGAAAGUGAUUUUCGUGGUUGUCUUAAUGCUUACUUUGGUCCUGAAGUCAGCCGGAUCAGAGAUACAGUAGACAGUUGCUGCGAGAGUGUUCUUGAGGAUCUUCUCAGCUUCCUCGAGUCACCAAAGACACUAGUGAGGACGAAGGAUUUGGCACCAUAUUUACAAAAUAAGUGUUAUGGAAGCAUGUCAACCAUAUUGAUGCAACUCAAGAAUGAGCUGGACCACCUAUAUAUUGACCUGGAAAAUAGAAAGAAAAACAAAGAGUCUGCACUGCCUCCUGCUAUACUUGUUGAGAGAUCAUUGUUUAUAGGGCGUCUUCUCUUCGCAUUUCAAAAGCACUCUGUGCACAUCCCUGUGAUUCUUGGUUCACCCAGGUCAUGGGUGAAUGAAAUCGUGUCUGCAGUACCUCUUCAAUCUCCAAGCAUACUGAGGUGCACAUCCGCUGACUCCCCAGUGUCUGAUAGUCCUGGAAAGAAAAUGCUUGAUUCCACGAAAAGACUGACUUCUCUGGUUACUGCCGCUUUGUUUGGAGUAGAUGAGAGUUCAAGCCCCCAACUUGAAGAAUUACGCAAGGCAAUCCAGGAUCUAUGCAUCAAAGCUCAUAACUUGUGGAUAUCUUGGGUAUCCGACGAACUCUCAGACAUUCUCUCUGGCAAUCUCAGACAGGACGAUGCCUUGUCAUCAACUGCACCUCUGAGAGGUUGGGAGGAGACUGUAGUCAAGCAAGAGCAGUCUGGUGAAGGCCAGCCAGAGCUGAAAAUAUCCCUUCCUUCCAUGCCGUCUCUUUACAUAACCUCAUUUCUUUUCCUAGCAUGCGAAGAAAUUCAUCGCACUGGUGGUCAUGUACUUGAUAAACCAAUUCUGCAGAAUUUUGCUUCAAGACUAUUGGAUAAGUUAAUUGGAAUUUAUGAGGAAUUCAUUUCAAUUGAGGAAGCUCAUGGACAUCAAGUGUCAGAGAAAGGUGUCAUGCAAGUUUUGUUGGAUUUAAGAUUUGCUGCUGAUAUUCUCUGUGGCGGUGAUUUUAGUGUAAAUGAGGAGUCCGCUAAAAUUCCGAAGGCGAACAGUCCUUUUAGAAGGAAACAGGGUGUACGGCAAGCUAAAUCAGUUAUCAAAGAACGUGUAGAUGGGUUGGUCAAUCGUCUUUCACAAAGACUGGAUCCUAUAGACUGGCUAACCUACGAGCCAUACCUUUGGGGGAACGAGAGGCAAUUAUACCUGAGGCAUGCUGUUGUCUUUGGGUUUUUUGCGCAACUGAAUCGGAUGUAUAUGGAUACUGUAAAGAGGUUGCCCACUAAUUCCGAAUCAAAUAUAAUGCAAUGCUCUAGAGUACCCCGUUUCAAGUAUCUUCCCAUCAGUGCACCAGCAUUAUCGUCAAGGGGUGCAGCCAGGGCAUCAGUAUCCACGUCUAUGAAUGAUAUAUCCUUGAGAAAGUCAUGGGGAAGUUACAGAAAUGAUGAGAUAUCACGAAAGAUUGACAUUGAUGAAAACUCUAGUUUAGGGAUGGCAGCACCACUUUUUAAGUCUUUCAUGGAGGUUGGCAGCAAAUUUGGGGAGAGCACACUUAGACUGAGUUCAAUACUGACAGAGGGGCAAGUUGGCAGGUUUGGUGACAUAUUACCUGCUCAAGCUGCGGGGCUUCUUUCAUCCUUCACAGCUGCCAGAUCAGAUUUUUGA